GGGGACCCGCUAGGCCCGUGACCCACUUUACUCCUGUCACGGCUCGGGCACGUUUGGCGCGGCGCCCAUUGGGGCGCUGGGGCGGCCAGCUCCUGCGGGGAACCCCCGCGCGGCCGGCGCGCGGUGCCGCCCGUGGGUCCGGGCUCGGUCCCGGGGAGCGCGCGGUGCCGCCCGUGGGUCCGGGCUCGGUCCCGGGGAGCCCGCGGGCCGCGCCGCGCCCUGUCCGGCCGCCGCGGGCCCUCUGAGGAGAUGGCGCUCGGGCCCCCGGGGGUGUCUGUCGCCUCCGGCACAGUGUGUCUUGGGGCGCCGCGCAGAGUUCGCGGACGAGGCAUUAAAAUGGAAAGAGAAGCACGCGACGCGGAGAGGCGUCGGCGGCCGCUGGUGGGGUGACCCUCGCGCCCAGGCCCGGGAUCAAAGUAAAGCUGCUGAAAUGCAGAAGCUGAUUCUGUCCCAUUGUAAGAUGCCUUCGGAAAACUCCGCAGUUCUUUUACAUGGCUCUUUAGAGCUUCGUGAGUUUCACUAGAUACCUGCAGUCUUCACUUGGAGCUAAGAGUGUAACAUACAUAUCGUAAAGUGCAUGAGUCCUGAGCAUCAUUUCGAUGAAUUUUAUGAAGUCUACAGCCGUCUAACCAAUAUCAGGAACAAGGUUUGCACGUUUUCAUCAACCCAGGACCCUCCUUCACGCACCUGACGGUUACUACACACUCCCAGAGAAACCUGAGACUGAUUGUCAGUCAUAUAGAGGAAUACCUUGAAUCUGUAGUUUUCUGAAGAAUCAAUUCAAGAUAUCCAGAAAGUACAAAAGGAGAAACACAAAUGUCUACCACAAGACGGAAACGUAGUGUGUUAUGUUGUUUACCGUAAGCUGCAGUAAGAUGAGCUCAAGCGUUGACAGAGAUGACAGUAGUAUUUUUGAUGGGUUGGUGGAAGAAGAUGACAAGGACAAAGCAAAAAGAGUAUCUAGAAACAAAUCUGAAAAGAAACGUAGAGAUCAGUUUAAUGUCCUCAUUAAAGAACUGGGAUCCAUGCUUCCUGGUAACGCUAGAAAGAUGGAUAAAUCCACUGUUCUGCAGAAGAGCAUUGACUUUUUACGAAAACAUAAAGAAAUCACUGCACAGUCAGAUGCUAGUGAAAUCCGACAGGACUGGAAACCUACAUUCCUUAGUAAUGAAGAGUUUACACAAUUAAUGUUAGAGGCUCUUGAUGGUUUUUUUUUAGCAAUCAUGACAGAUGGAAGCAUAAUAUAUGUGUCUGAGAGUGUAACUUCAUUACUUGAGCAUUUACCAUCUGAUCUUGUGGAUCAAAGUAUAUUUAAUUUUAUCCCAGAGGGGGAACAUUCAGAGGUUUAUAAAAUACUCUCUACCCAUCUGCUGGAAAGUGACUCGUUAACCCCUGAGUACUUAAAAUCAAAAAAUCAGUUAGAAUUCUGUUGUCAUAUGCUUCGAGGAACAAUAGACCCAAAGGAACCAUCUACCUAUGAGUAUGUGAGAUUCAUAGGAAAUUUCAAAUCUUUAAAUAGCGUAUCCACUUCAGCACACAAUGGCUUUGAAGGAACUAUACAGCGCACACACAGGCCUUCCUAUGAGGAUAGGAUUUGUUUUGUAGCUACUGUGAGAUUGGCUACGCCGCAGUUCAUCAAGGAAAUGUGUACUGUUGAAGAACCCAAUGAAGAAUUUACAUCUAGGCAUAGUUUAGAAUGGAAGUUUCUGUUUCUGGAUCACAGGGCACCACCCAUAAUAGGAUAUUUGCCAUUUGAAGUUUUGGGAACAUCAGGUUAUGAUUACUAUCAUGUGGAUGACCUAGAAAACUUGGCAAAAUGUCAUGAGCACUUAAUGCAGUAUGGGAAAGGCAAAUCAUGUUACUACAGGUUCCUGACCAAAGGACAGCAGUGGAUUUGGCUUCAGACUCAUUAUUAUAUCACCUACCAUCAGUGGAAUUCAAGGCCGGAGUUUAUUGUUUGUACGCACACUGUAGUAAGUUAUGCCGAAGUUAGGGCUGAAAGACGACGAGAACUUGGCAUUGAAGAAUCUCUCCCGGAGACAGCUGCUGACAAAAGCCAAGACUCUGGUUCUGAUAAUCGGAUAAACACAGUCAGCCUCAAAGAAGCACUGGAAAGGUUUGAUCACAGCCCAACCCCGUCUGCUUCCUCCCGGAGUUCAAGAAAAUCAUCUCACACGGCGGUCUCAGACCCUUCCUCAACCCCCACAAAGACGCCAGCAGAUGCCAGCACCCCUCCCCGGCAGCGCUUGCCCGUCCACGAGAAGCCGGCACAGAGGAGGCCGUCGUUCGGCAGCCAGUCCAUAAAUUCUCCGUCUGUUGGUGUGUCAUUAACACAGCCAGUGAUGUCUCAGCCUGCAAAUUUACCGAUUCCACAAGGCAUGUCCCAGUUUCAGUUUUCGGCUCAAUUAGGAGCCAUGCAGCAUCUGAAAGACCAGUUGGAGCAAAGGACACGGAUAAUAGAAGCAAAUAUUCAUCGGCAACAAGAAGAACUAAGGAAGAUCCAAGAACAGCUUCAGAUGGUCCAUGGCCAGGGGCUGCAGAUGUUUUUGCAACAGUCAAACCCUGGAUUGAAUUUUGGUUCUGUUCAGCUUUCUUCUGGAAAUUCGUCGAACAUCCAGCAGUUGGCCCCUGUGAACAUGCAAGGCCAGGUUGUCUCUGCUAACCAGAUGCAGAGUGGAGUGAGUCCGGGACACAUAGGCACAGCGCAGCACUUGAUACCGCAGCAGGCUUUGCAGAGUACAUCAGCGCAGAGUCAAGCCGGUGUCCUGAGUGGGCACAGUCAGCAAACCUCGCUUCCCAGCCAGACGCAGAGUGCGCUGCCCGCCGCGCUCUACAACACCAUGGUGAUCUCCCAGCCUGCGGCCGGCGGCGUGGUCCAGAUCCCGGCGAGUGUGCCGCAGAGCAGCGCCCCGAGUGCCACGGGCACCACCUUCACUCAGGACAGGCAGAUAAGAUUUUCCCAAGGUCAGCAACUUGUGACCAAACUAGUGACGGCCCCGGUGGCGUGCGGGGCGGUGAUGGUGCCCAGCACCAUGCUCAUGGGGCAGGUGGUGACCGCCUAUCCCACCUUCACCGCACAGCAGCCCCCGCCCCCGCCCCCGCCCCCGCCCCCGGCGCUGUCAGUGCCGCCGCCGCCGCCGCCGGGCGCCCAGGAACAGCAGCUCACUCCAGGUCAGCAACCACCUCAGGCGCAGCUGACGCAGCCGCCGCAGCCGUUCCUACAGACUUCCAGGCUGCUGCACGGGAGCCCUUCGGCCCAGCUCAUCCUCUCCGCCGCCUUCCCGCUGCAAGCGAGCGCCUUCCCGCCGUCGCAUCACCAGCAGCACCAGCCGCAGCCGCAGCCGCAGCCACAGCCGGGGCGGCACAGGACCGACAGCCUGAGCGACCCCUCCAAGGUGCAGCCGCAGUAGCACACGGCUUCCUCGACGGGGCGGGAAGGGCGCGGCCCGCAGAGCUGCUCGCGGUUCCCGGAUGCAGUACUGAGUUGCAGCUCCUGGGUUAGUCAGCAGGGGUGCUGCUGAUGCUCCAGACGCGGCGGGGGAGGCCCGUGGGGACACAGCCGGUUCUGACCGGCCUUCAGUCGCCCAGAGACUGUGUGAUGGAAAAAGAGUAUAUUGCCAAACGCUAGAAGCUCACCGAGGAAGUGACCUCCAGUGGAUGAGGGGGCACUCACAGCGCCGCCGACUCGGUGGCUCUGUGCCUGCCAGCCGGGGUCACGGAGUCUGCUCGCGACGGAGCGUGGAGAUGUCCAGUGGGUGCCGUAGCCGCCAGCCCUCCACCCCUCGGAUGACGAUGGCGCAGCGAGCGCUCAGAGUGGUGUGGGUUCAGAUUCUCGUGCAGAUGGUCUACAGUGGCGUGUGCGUGGGUGAGAGAGCGAGGACGUUCUGUGUGCUGCCCGGAAGCCCUGUCCCCUCCCUCCAGCCGGGAGUCCCUGUCCCGCGGCCGCCGCCGGUUCCGUUGUUUACAACAGUAGUGUUCCACUCGCCUUCCGGGGCACGAGUCUGUCUGUUCCUCGUGUGGCUGUGACGUCACAGUUUGUUCAGUGAGGUAUAAUGUGCUGCUGGGAAUGGAUUUUUUUUUCAGGUUAAAUUAUUGAUACAACAGAAUUUUCAAGUUAUUCAGAAAUAUCCCUCAUUUCAUUAUUUUUGAUUAUGUUUGAAAAUAGGAUUUGCACUGCUUUAUUUAGAUGGUUGGGAGUUUUGAUCACAUAUUUUGAUAUAUUUCAUAGUUGGAAAUAUUUAUGUAAAUGGUUUUCAACAAGCCUGAAAGUAAUUUCAAGAAUGUUUCAGUUAUAGGAGUAAAUUUGCACACAAAGCAUUUUAGGCACUUUCUAACGUUCUCAGUGGUGGGAAUUUAACUCUUAGGGUUUGUUGGAACCUUUUAUGAUCCUUCACGAUUUCAGUGCUUCUUGCAGUCGGAGAUGAUUCAGGGUUAUUUGAGGGAAAACCCAUAGUGCCUUGACUUUCAUUCAGGUGAUGACUCCCCACCGUGAGCUCGUCGUCUGGUGUCGGUAGCAGUGUUGAAACCUGGGCACCUCGGGCGCAGCGUGGGGGGCUCCUCCGGAGACGGCCGGGCUCUGCUGGGUGGGAGGCUCCAGCUGGAGCUGGAGGCGACGGCCUGGCACGGCCCCCAGCUGUGGUCCUCGCCCUGCACCCUCCCCUCAAGCCGAGUUGGCAGCGGCUGUGUGCUCGGAGCGACUGGUGGCCAGCAGAGGAGGAGGGUGGGCGCCGCUCGCCACCGAGGGUCGUGUAGCAGACGGGAACCAAGAUGUCAUCUGGCAAUAUCAUAUUUUAAAGGUGACGAAUUCCAACACAAGCUACAUAUAUUUUAAAAAGAGCAUUUUGUAGAUUUUGUACUUACAAUGAAAUUUGCAACUAUGAAACAGAAGAUUAAUGGAAAAUGCAUUGGACUAUGAAAGAUUAUCAGAGGGAAGGACAGACAGCAAGGUAAGAGUCAGCGUUGACCUUAGACGACGUGCAGCGAGCUGAGGUUGCGCGCAGUGGAGCAGCCUCGCGCGGGCCUGUGGGGAGCGCAGGGCCCUGCGGGGCCUCCCCAUCCGCGUCUGAGGUUGGGAACGGCCAUGCUGACAGAAGACAACCAAAGAGCGCUGGCACCUACCCUCCGGGAAGCAGCCUGACCAGCGGGGUGCCCAGGACAGGCACUGCUGCUGUGCCCCGCGGCGCCGCAGUGGCUCUCCCCGUGCCCGACCGCCCGCCGUUCCGUGGUGUCUGACCCGUGCCUCCUGGACCGCCGGCCCCGCUCACCUCCUCCGGCCCCGCUCACCUCCUCCGGCCCCGGCCCCGGGAGCGUUUCCCCCUCCGCAGAUGGCUGGGAAGGAAGGAUUGGCCUCUACGGUUCCUAGCACGCCCUUCCCCUGCGUGGAGCUGCUGAGUGGGAGGGAGCAGCCGCUGCUGCCCGCGCCGUGGGCCGGGCCAGGCCGGGGCUGGCAGAGCCGCCUUCCUUCUGCAGCCUCCCCCUGCGCGCCGUCCCCCCACCCCCCAGACCUGCGCGCCCUCGCCUGUUCCCCAAUCGUUUCUGUAGCCAAAGUUGGUCUUUCAAAUCCCAAACCGAAGUCACGAGAAGAUACCAAAUAGAGGCCACCGCGCAGCUUCCAACAGCCUCCCUCUGCCCGGCGCCCGCAGGUGUUCGGUUUUGUUAGGAUGCGCGGCGCUGCUCUGGGCAGCACGUCUUCACCAGCAGGGCCGCGGGCCGCGGGCGCCUGCAGUUGCUGCCCGGGGUGGUGCCAGCCCAGCAGGCGGGCCCUGGAAAUGCUGCGGGGGGAGGGGGGUGGGGAGGGCGGGCUGCAGCUCCGGGUGACAGAGUGCGGUUCUCCACUCACUUCAGUGUGGCUUAGGAAUGUACUAGAAAUACAAGGAUGCCAGUGGUUGCGUGUAGUUAGCGUGCGAAUGUGUGGCCGUGCACACCGCCGCGCCCCAGGGAGUGGCAGCCUUGGCCGUGAAGCCUUAGCAGGGGACCGGGACCCCCGCCGCCCGCACACGCGGGAGACCCCUUUAGACUGGCUGUAGCUCAGUGUGUUGCAGAACAUUUCCACUACAUUGAGAAAAGGCUGGGAGCUGGUGCAGACAGCGUUGUUCCUGUGUACUCCUGCUCUUGUGUGUCUGGCCAUCGCCAGUCUGAAGAGCUUGUGUCGAGCCCAUUCAAGUCCAGCCUGCCCAGCCCGGCCGGGGGUCCGUGUCGGGGCCGCAAACACUGGAUGCUGCUGUCGCUGAGGGCGCUGGCCGGGCGUGGAGGCCAAGGGGCAGCGGGCAGGGAUGGUCCGCGUGGGCGGGCGAGCCGUGUACACGGAGCUUCUGAAGUAAUUGCAAAGGAAAAGAGUUGACUAUUUUUAUAGCAUAUUUAAUAUAUUUGUAUAUAACUAGAAGUACGGGGACCCCUCCUCCCCAGGCCCCCCCUCCCCCGUCUCCCCGCGCCGUAGCACUCUAGAGCCGCCUCCACGUGGGUACCGUGCCUGUCGUCCGCCUACCAAAACAGUGCUGCUGUGUGAGCCGGCGAGGGCGGGCCUCGGCCCGGCAGCCUUUCUGGAAGAGCACACGCCUAGGACGGGCCGCAGGCCGCACGCAUUCUGGGACGGAACAAGCACUUUAUUGCAGUGAUCCGUUUUGAUAGGGUUUUUCUGAGCUAUUACCCUUCUAAAGGAUCCCCGGCUCAUCACUUAGGUGAAGCUAGAAGCUGACCAUUUCUGAGAAAUGUCUGGGCCGUGAGCCGCGGUGGGUCUGUGGCAGCGACUCGAGGAAGCCAAGUGAGCGUUCGCCUUGCGUUCGUCCGCAUCAACACUAUCACCAGCCCCGGCCGGCGCCCGGGCCCGGAGAGACCACUGAGCCGGUCUCUUCGGAGGGCUGGGAGCAGCACACGCGUGCGCGUGCGCGUGUGCGGACGUGCCCAGCUCACCUGCAGGCGGGGUUCUCGAGUGCGUCAGGUGUGCCCUGGAAUGUUGGCCUGUCAUUUCAGCGUUGCCAUUUGAAUCGCUCUUGUGAUAUUUUUGCACAAAAAGGACUGAAAAGAAAUAAUAACUUUGGGUUGAAGGAAAAGAGUGGAGUCCGGUCUUAUUUCCUGUCUCCCGUGGAACCACGGGGAUGAGUUUUGUUGGUAUGGUUAUGAAUUCGGGGUAUUUAAAACAGUGUUGAACAGCUCACAAGAAAUGCAACAAAGUUGGGUAUUUAAAAAUUAAAAUCCGUGCUUUCCUCGUGACUGUCUGCAGAGUCUUUGUCCCCUGCCGUGACAGCGCCGCCGCCCUGUUUCUCUGCGGCGGGACGCCGCCGUGGGCUUUGCGUAGCCGACCGUGUUUGGCUGCAGCUGCCCGUGGUUUCCCAGGGACGUGCUCGUUGGUACGGCAGGGUGAAGCCCGCCCCGUCACCACCACCAGCAAACACCGAGGUGCUGCGCCGAGUGACAGUCAGCAUAGCGAGUACUGUGCGCGCACUCUGAAGGGGCUGGAAGCAGCAGUCCUCUGCGCUUGAAUAACAGUGGCUACAUGUAUUUAUUUAAGUAUCUCUUUGUUCGGUUUGCUCAUCAGUGAUUUGAGUGUCAUAUUUUGUGGAGUGCUUUAUGUUUGCACUGUUACCCGGCCCCCCGCCUGACUGCUUGUGGGCAGUCCUGUAGGAUCAGUGACUCCCUUCCAGUCUGCUCCCGACCGCCCCAACCUUCAUCUCCUUCACCUGCUGCCUUGUGUUCGCAGGCACCUAUCUGUAGGGUUGCUUCCCCAACACAGCCAAAGGUGUGCCCCACCCUAUGGUGCUGACUCGGAGACGCUAGUUAAGCAGUCAGCGUCUUCUAAUGGCUGUCACCAUCCUCGCCGUGCUGACGUCCUUAAACACAGGUGAGCACUGUCCACGCUGAGCACUUCCCACAGAACACGUCUGCUCUCCACCUAUUCAGAAACAAAGCCAGCCUCUGACCACAGCACCGCCCAGCGCAGCAGUGCCUGGCCGCGCACGGCCCCUCCUUGCCCACAGGCAGGGCUCGUGCAAGCUGGGGCGGCUCCUGGGGACCCCUGAGGGAUGGUCACUAGAGCAGCGUGGCCACAAGUCGAUUCAGUGAAAGAAUGAGCGCAGAGAGUUGAAUCGCUGCUUGAUUGCUGAGGGACACUGACGCUGCCGUGACAGUGCUGUGUGUGUGUGUGUGUGUGUGUGUGAAGUUGGGCUGUAUGGUACACGUUCUCUGCUGGCGAUGGUUGUACCAGUAAGAAGUUAAAAUCCAGGAAAAGCCGUUAUCUUCAUAUUGCUGUACUACAUAAACAGACAAUCAUUUUCAAGCAAAAAAAAAAAAAAAAAAGGCCAGGAGAUCGCAAUUGGAGUGUCCCCCAGCACGGCUGCGAUGUGGAACGCUGUAGCGUGAUCUCCGUGUGUUGCACUAUGGUUUAGGUUGGGGAGGGCCUUGGUAUGGCACUCACGUUCAUUCUCUGUAAACAUUGAUGCCCAAAGACUAGGUCAGUGCUGUACUGAAACUACUUAGUGCAAAAAAGUGUUCUGUCCACUUAAUCGUUACCAUCAGCCGGUAGCUGUAAACACGCCAGACCCUUUGUUGUUCCGUGUGGUUCAAUGUGCUGUUCUUGACAUUGCUGUCCUUCCUGCUUGGUUCUUGGUUUUACACUUAAAAACAGAUGUAGCUCAUCUUAUUUCCAAAAGGGGUGGAGCUGUAAGUGGCUACCUGAUCUUGAGAUAAGAGCAAGCAUUCGAGUGGAAUCCAGAUGUACAAAAGCGAGGCCGACGGUUUGCAGGCCCGUCUGCCCAGGCCCUCCAGUGCGUAUCCGUGAGCGGGGUGACGAGUGGUCUCAACGGUGCUAUGUCAGGUCCCCUGAUGUCCCUGAGCUGUGUUUGCAAACACGAUAUUGUAUACAAUGUGCGCGUCAUUUUGUUAGCGAUACUGCCAUUUUGCAUUGGUGUUCCCAGUCGGUCAUGCCUGUUUUUCAGAGCCCCUGUGGAGCGGGUAGCCUGCCUCCCCUGGGGCCUCACCCAGCGCUCCCCCCUGCAGGCCACCACGUGCACAGCCUGUCCAAGUCCAUGUACUCAGAACGCUCUCUCCCAGGCGCGUGUGACGUACUCAGACCCCUAGACCGUAGCGAGAGCCAAGCAGGUGGCAUUGUCUUUUUCUUUUGUAAAUGUAAAAAAUAAUUCGAUCCAGACUUUCCUUCUUUGAUUUUAAAAAUAAAAAUACCUCAGUGCUGUU